GCUCCUCCCUGGGAGUGGGGCAUAAGAGGAUUGCCUGCCUUCUUCUUAAGCCCCCACAUUCUGAGUCUUCAAAGGGUGCCCUUCUCUGAGGCACACACCUAUCCCAUGCCACGCAAGCAUUCCAGGGAGGCAGAGGGCCCAGCCAAGGGCAAAGCAGGGGAAGGAGAGCAGCUCCCCAAGGAAGAAGGCGGGCACAAGGGCAGUAAAAGCCCUGGCUCUGAAUCAUGGCAACGUUCCCAGUGUGGCCAGGGGCGCAAGCACAGCAGGAAGCAUCAUGCUGACCCCCAUGCAGCUGCCAUUAAGGCCUACUCACCUUUCCUCAAUACUGUUUUUGGCAAGGAGAGGGAGCUUUCCCCAGUGGAGCUGGAUGAACUGCUAGAUGCCUUCAAGGAGUUUGACACUGACCAGGAUGGCUACAUCAGGUACAAGGACUUGGGAGAGUGCAUGCGAACCAUGGGCUAUAUGCCCACUGAGAUGGAACUGAUUGAGAUCUCACAACACAUCAAAAUGCGCAUGGGUGGGCGUGUAGACUUUGAGGACUUUGUAGAGAUGAUGGGUCCAAAGCUGCGUGAGGAGACUGCUCACAUGGUGGGCGUGAGGGAGCUGAAGAUUGCCUUCCAUGAGUUUGACACAGAUGGGGAUGGAGCGAUCAGCGGGGCAGAGCUGUGCCAGGCUGUGACUGCCCUACUAGGCGAGCAGCUCAAGGCCCAGGAGGUGGAUGAGAUCUUGCAGGAUGUGGACCUCAAUGGAGAUGGAAGAGUCGACUUGGAUGAAUUUGUGAUGAUGCUGUCAACCAGGUAACAAGAGCCAAAGAGGAAGGGGACUUUGCAUUACUACCCCCACCCCAGGUAGCCAGAGGGAGCUGGCUGCCCUUUGAGGACUCUUCACCUCCUGGAAAUAGUGGGGCAUCAUGCACAGAUGACUGGAGUCUCUCUUCCAAUCCUUCACAGGCUUCACUGAAAACUAGCACUUACCUAAUGACAAGCUGAAGUCCACCUUCACAUAGUCAGCUAUGUCCAAGGGGAAUUAUCCUGCCUCAGAGCAAACACAGUUCUCUCCACUCCUUGCAGUCCACUACUUGAGGUAGCUGCCUCACUUUGUCUAAUUAUAGGGCUGGUGUGUUUAUUCUUCCUGUUCACUCAACAAACAGGAAGAGAUUAAUUAGCAAAUAAAGUUCACAUGGCCUCAAGACGGCUUAUUCUAAAGCUGUGACAUAAGUGAGGGAGUGCCCAGAAUCAUAAGACAGUGAGGUCUGGGCCGGAACCUUCCACUCGGACAGAAUAAUAUUUAUGUUUUAGAACUGAGAGUGAAUCCUCCCUUCCCUUUCUCUCUCGCACACACCAGAUAACAUGGUCAUUAUAUAAUUGGUCAUUUCCAACAGCCCUGCCCCUGAGAGGGACAGGGUGGCCAUCUGUCACCUUGGGUCUAUUUGAAAGGCAGUCCAGCUCAAGUCCAUUUUACUUCAUCUAAGUCCAAGGAGCCUUGAAGUUGCCCAUCAACAGCACCGGAUUGCUGGCUGAGCUAGCAUACAAGUCACCUGAGCUGCAUACACAGCACCAUACAUUUGAAACACAUUAUUUUCCCCAAAGAAUAAUGGGAACUAUAGUGCAAUAAGAGUGUUGGGAAUUGUAGCUCUGUAAGGGGUAAACUACAGUUCCCAAUUUUUUGGGGGGGGAUAGUAUGCUUUAAAUGCACUUUAAGAAUAUGGUGUGUAUGCAGCCAGUCUUUCCUACCAGGAUGAGAUACAUUGCAUUUUUAUUUAAAUUAUAGACAUGUUUAAAACUGGCAUGUAUACAUAUAAAUUAGCAUAUGUAAAUUUUACAUAAAUGUAUCUUUUUUACUUUUUUUGUGAUGUAUAAGUUGCCAUCCUAGUGAGAUAAAUUGUUUUUGGUGGUGGUGGUGGGGACUAAGGCUGAGCUAAAAUGGGUUCAGGCAGCCCAUGACUGGAUUGCAGGAUUUAAAUCUAAGUCCACACCUAGCAUUCAUGCUAUCAGAACACAGUGGCUCAUCAAAAAGAACAGGUAUUAGAAGGCAAACAGAGAAAACUUGCUGAGGACCAGCCCAGUGCAAAUUCUUUGGAUGAAAAGGCCAUGGAUCACUGUUUUAGAGAAUGGUGUAUCUUAUCAUAUACACAUGAGAUAAAGCGAUCUCCAGUAAUAGACCAUGGACUGAUGCGAAGAAGAGUCUUUAUUUUUUGUGCAAAUGUAGGAUGCCUAGACAAGGUACGCUACAAUAGCUUCUCAGAUCAUAUAAAAUGUAUGGAUUUUAAAUGUCUUCUUGUAAUGUAUGGUUUGUUCCCAUGAUUAAACAUGACUUGUUUAAAACUUCUGCAGUGCAGGUUGGAAGAAUGUGUGUUUCUCCAUCUUAAUAA